GCCUUAGUGUACAGGAAAUGACCGGGCGGCCCCGUCCCACCCAUCCCCCAAGAACGUGACAGACCGACGGAAUACCCGCAGGCCGGGGGGCGGCGGAACCUGGUGUGGCAUGUCUCACCUUCCACGCCCACCUCGCCUCUUCUCACACGACGCCCACUUCGCCCUUCUCCCUCGCCCUCGACUUCUGCUGCUGCUGCUGCUGCUGCUGCUGUUUGUUGCCGAGCCGCAGACGGAGAGGGAUGCCCUUGUGCAGGAUGGUACCGUAGGUCUCGCUGUCCCGGACCAGUGCCAUGCCGCCCGGCAGGAACACCACACCCCCCUGGCCGUCUCUGUCCGUGUCAGAUGAGUCACCACAGGGCGGCGAUGGCGAUGGGAAGCGGCCCGUCGGCAGCAGAGAUGAGCAGGGCGUCGGGGACGAUGCUGCUGCUGCUGCUGCACUCCUGCGGCCGAUGGCGUCUCGCUGUUCUCUGUCCUCCUCCUGCCGGACCAGAAGGCUCAACGAACCGGUCGGCAGCCCGCCCAGUCCGCCCACACCGACAUUGGCGGUCCUCAACACACCAAAGGGCGGCAUCGGGAACAUCGUGGGCCCGCAUGCCUCGACAUCAGGGUCGCCAGGCCAGUCUUCGUCCUCACUCUCCUCGUCCCUAUCCCUCUUCUCGCGCCGCAGCUCACGACUGAUGUGGUAGGUCGCGAGUGGACAGGGUCUUCUGUGGCCGGCAAGGGAGCUGGGUGGCGCCUCUGAUGGACCGUAUGGGCCACUGGGCGAGAAGGGGAUCUGGCUGAAUGGAGCGGUAUGCACGGCCUGGCGGGGGGUGGUGUCGCUGUCGCGAUGCGCUCGACGGACGCCAACGGCCUGAACCACAGCAAUAACGAGAUGCACUCAUGUGAUUUUCCUCUGCAUCUGUGUGUCUUACUCGUUUGCAUCGCGGCCAUGGCGGCCUUUCCUGUCUUGUCGGCCGCCUCCUUGUCCUUGUCCGUCAAUUCAUCGCCCCCGGCCUUAUGGGGCUCCUCCCUCUCUGAUCCAUCAGCAGCGCUUUCAGCGCCCCCACUGCGGCCGUUUGCGCGUCUCGCCCCUUCCCUGGUCUUACGCACGGCUGACGGCGGCCCAAGACCGACGGGCGAUGUGAGUCUGACGGUCUUGACGGCUUUGAUGGCGAAGCAUCGAACCAGGUGGCAGAGCUGCAGGAUGUUCUGCAUGGUCAGGGGCGGCGACUCACUCGGUAGCCGCAGAUGGCCCAGUCGGUCGGUGGAGAGCAAGUGAAGCCACUUAUCAAACACCUCGGGACGGAGACAUGCGAAGUCCAUUGCCACCAGAUCACCGCCAGGCCCGCUGCUAUUGUUGGUGUUGGUCCUGAUGCUGAUGGCGAUGUCGCCCUUGUCGUCAUCCACCUGCCCGCCCUUCUCCUUUUUGUCACACUGGCAGGGGCUGGCGUCUUCCGGGCAGAGUAGGGAUGGCAGGAUGGCGGGACCGCAUCCAGCGGUGAGAUAAUCGCAGAGAUGGGCUGCGGGUGCCUUGAUGAUGGCCCUCGGGGUGGGGAAAGAGGCGACAGGGGACGUGCAGUGGGAGGGGAAGAUGCGGAAAGCUCCGGGGGACCACACAAACAGAGACACCGAAUUCAGCUCCCCGGCUGCCAGAGAUGGAACAGAGUGAAUUUCAGGUGGCUGCAGCUCCCCCGCACCGACAGAGGCCCUCCAGCCGAACUCACUCAGCCGCAGCAGAUGCGCUGCCAGAAGGUACGCUCCGGCUUCACGCGGCGACGGGAGCUGUUGCGGGAGAGGGAGGGAGGGGUGUCGGGGGGAGUGGAGAAGGGUGAGCGGGGCGCACGGGGCGUGGCGGGGGCAGCACAGGAACAGGACCAGCAGCGAGAGGAGGCCGGCUCGUCGGCAACCGGGAUGAAGUGCACGAUAAGUGGGAGGGGCUGGUGGUAGGUGCCGUCGGAAAGCAGGAUGGGAUUCGGCCAAGCGGCCCACCGAGGCCGAUAAGGUGGGAGAGUCGCCAUUUU